AUGUCUAGUGCAGGUGGUAAAGCUCUUACAAUCUGCUUAGUGGCUGGAUUGAGUUGGUACACCGGCGUGAAGUUUUGGCAACCUUUGAUAAUGUAAGUAAAAUUUAUUAUCAGCCUGUUUAGAAGUGCUUUUACUAACAGAUACAUAGCGACCGUUUACAACAAGACGGCAAUUUGAGAGACGACGUUUACAUUCGUGAUACAUCGGACCAGCCUAAAUCAUGGAGCGAUUUGAAAGAAAAGGUUAAAACAACGUUACAUCCUAACGACCCAUCAAUCGGAAAAGAGGAAUUAAUUAAGGAUUUCAAUAAAGAGAAGCAAGAAACUAUAGAUAGCAGUAAAUAG